CGGAGGGCCCUCUAGUUGCCCGGAUGUACGGGUUGUCUUGGGGCCACAUGCAGGGGUUUAACUUCCUUUCUGUCCGACAUCUUGAAGCUGCGGCAACAUGCCUCCCAAAGACGAUAAGAAAAAGAAAGACUCUGGAAAGGUCAAGAAGGACAAAGACCCAGUCAACAAGUCUGGAGGCAAAGCAAAGAAGAAGAAGUGGUCCAAGGGGAAGGUGAGGGACAAGCUCAACAACCUGGUCCUCUUUGACAAGGCCACCUACGACAAGCUGUGCAAAGAAGUGCCCAACUACAAGCUCAUCACGCCCGCUGUCGUUUCUGAAAGGCUAAAGAUUCGGGGCUCUCUGGCUAGAGCCGCUCUUCAGGAGCUGCUUGGUAAAGGCUUGAUCAAGUUGGUGUCCAAGCACAGAGCGCAAAUCAUCUACACACGUAAUACCAAGGGUGGCGAUGAAGCUGUAGCUGAAAAGGAAGCAUAAACAGGUCAUCCUGAUGAGAUUCCUUUAGUCAUAAGAUGGGUUUGUAAAAUGUAAAGCCAAUAAACACAACUUUUGAAACUUG